CCCUCAUUCCCCCCGCGACCCGCGACGGUGUGCACGACAGUGUCGCGGCGUCGUUUGCACCACGUGAUUCUGUAUGUAUGAAACACAAUUGUACCGCAAAAUCUCGUGAGAAUGAACGCAAUUUGGAAUCGGUCUGUUUUGGAGCGGCCGCCAUACGCAACGUGGCAGAUCGGGCCGCUAGACGCCAAGAAGAAGGGCGUGGACGUAACUCGAUUCGAGGCCGCACUGACCACGGCUGUCCACGAUCUGGAAUCGAUGAGCGAUCUGCACGUGAACGCCGCGGUCCUGAGCCGCUUGAUCUAUCGGAUGAAGAGCAAAUUUCGAAACGACAAAGGCUUGAAGUACAUGAUCAAGCUGAACAAGGCGUUGCUCAACUAUUACAACAUGUCUCUGAUGAAGGAGUACGCGACUCUGCGAUCCGACCUCCAAACGGACGACGGCCGGUACGUUUUGCCGAGCCGACAAAUUCUGGAGUACGUGCUCGUGAGAACGCAGGGCUUCGGUAAGCUCAUGGCCAGAAUGGAAGAGAUCUCGCGGCACGCCUCGCACUUCCUGAGGGCCAGAAUCAAAUUGGGCCACGCGUGGACCGUUGCCCUGGUCGCUUAUGCUACCACGAGCAGAAUUUGGUUCCACGUGAGGAGUGUGAUCAAGAAAUGUUGCAAAUGGUACGACGAGCUGUAUCGGUGUGCGGAACAGUUUCAGUAUGUCGGUGCAAAACCCUGGCUUCCGACAGAUCAGAGCUUACCGCGCAACUUAAAAUCGUGGCUCUGUUUGGACUGGCUAGAUACAGAUACGACGAGCAAACGUAAGUCACAAACCUGGCAGAGGAUAUUUGGUGAACCUGCGAUCGAAUGUAACGAUACUGAAACAACUUUUGUCAUACCCGAUGAAGAAACUGGUGGCUCAAGACUGACAGAAGUCGGCGUUGCUUCGACAAGUAAUGAAUUAGAAGACAAACCGGUAUCGAAUAAUGAUGUUGGAGAAGUGAUAGAUCGAGAGGCUUUUGAGAGAAGCCUUCCAUCAAAUGAUAGGUCCAUAACGACAAAACGUAAACACACGGAUACUAACGAGAGGGGAAGCCUAAAGGAACCAAAAAGGAAAAAAAAGAAAAAGAAUAGAAAAUAAUAUACCAAGAAGGUAAAUCUAAUCAUGUGAUUACACAGUAGCAAUAUUAAUUAAACAAUAUUAAUUUAGUAAUGUGCAAGUCAAAGCAAUAGAUUCAGUACACUUGUAUACUUGUAUAAUACUUGUAUGAUAUAAAACUGCCAAGCUGUACAUAAUUGUAAAUAAAGUAAUUUAAUUAUGUGCAAGUCCAAAGAAAUUUGUGCAAUAGUAUUCAGUUUUAACAUAAUUUGCACAACGUGAGGCCAUCCUACUGUGCAUGAUGUGUAUAUUAGAUUAUAAUAUAAUUGUAUAUGUAUAUUUAAAUUGUUAAUAAGUUGUAUAUGUUUAAACAAUAUGAUAUACAGCUUGACAAAAAGAAAAUGUAAAAAUCCAAAGGACUAUAAUUUAUAUAAUUUUUCAAUGAAGACAUUUUUCAUUUUAUACGUGCGUAUCGUGAGUACAUAUUUAAUUUCUUAACUGACGCUAACUAAUCGAGAAUGCGCUCUUGGGUAUAAAAUCGGACGAAAGAGACUUUUGUACUGCAUAAAGAAUCAUAUCCGAAUAUCUGCUGCUGGGUAAUACCUUUAAUUUUAGUUACGAGCAUCGACAAGUCGACAAGCGUGUUAUCGAAGGGGAGAGAUAGCAGGUGAAAUUAAAGGCGACAUGUAACUUUAGUCGAACGGUGUGCGUGGAUUAAAUAACAUUGAGCAGUAACUGGCUUAUAUAUCGUGGGAUUUUCCAUAAUUGUGUAAAC